AGGCCAGGGAGGGACCACGGCAGCCUCCCCAGCGGGGGUGCGCGGGGGCGGGUCCCCGAGGCGGUGCUGGAGAACACCGCCACGGAAGGCCGGGAGGAGAAGUGGGCGGAGAGGAAGUUCACCCUCUGAGUGCUGGGGGCAGACUGGGGACAGGCCUGGGACUCUCGAUGUGGUUCCUCUCAUGCCUCUGGACCUGGCGUUGGGAACAUGUAGGGACCAGAAUCGGCUUCUGGUCACCGGGGAUUCAGAAAUUCGUAAAUGUAGCUAAAGCAAAUAUGGCGCUGAAAUCGCCAUCUCAGUGGCUCUAGUGAAGGGAGACAGUGCCCUAUUGGGGGUGGGGAACCUGUCUUCCUUGGCCCUUCCUUCCCCAUUACUUACGCCCACAGCUUCCCUUGACCUCUCCCUCACAUCGGUGCCCCCUAGGAGUUAGUUGGUAACUCCCAACGCUAAAUGCUACUCAGCACUCCUUCGUGCAACCUGGAUGUCCCCCAAGGCGGCCCUGCUCAGUGAUGGCUCCACCACCAUCCAUGAUGACCCCCUUACCUGGACAUUCCAUCAGCUACCUGCCUCCUGACUUCCGCCUUCUAGAAUCUGUCUAUUUCUUUCCAUGCUUCCCUGCCACCAGAGUGCCUGCAAGCAGCUUCCUCUUUGGACCCAAGCUGCCAGAGGGUCCUGUGGAAGCAGAGCAGGGGUCACUCCCAAAUGCCUGCAGGCCAGUUUCAGCCUCUUCAGCUCAGGGUCUGCCUUUUGUGUUCCCACCUCUACAUCCUGCCUCACUGGCCCUUUUGCUUGGAAUGUCUUUCCUGCUCUGGUCUGCCUGUCACCUGCCCUCACCUGGGGGAGACUUCCUUCAGCCAAAAAGAAUGUCUUCCCUCCUUCCCCUUACACGGGUGUCUUCUCUCCCAGACUAUGAGCCUGUCCUGACCCAGGCUCUGACCUCCCCUUUCCCUGCCCAGGUACCUGCUGGAGCAGCGAGACGUGGAUGUGAAUGUAUGGGACAAGUGGGAUAGUACCCCCUUGUACUAUGCCUGUCUAUGUGGGCAUGAAGAACUGGUACUCUACCUUCUGGCCAAUGGAGCCCGCUGUGAGGCCAACACCUUCCACGGUGAACGCUGCUUCUAUGGGGCUGCAAGUGAUACCAUCCGCCGGGCCCUGCUUGAUUAUAAGCAAGUGACACCCUCCUCCAGGAGGCGGGACUACUAUGAUGAAUUCCUGCAGCGGCUUCUGGAUCAAGGCAUCCACAGUGAUGUGCUCUUUGUGGUGCACGGGAAGCCCUUCCGGGCCCAUCGCUGCAUUCUGGGUGCACGUAGCAGCUACUUUGCCAACAUGCUGGAUACCAAGUGGAAGGGCAAGAGCAUCGUGGUCCUCAGACAUCCACUGAUCAACGCUGUGGCCUUUGGGGCCCUGCUGCAGUACCUGUACACAGGUGGCCUGGAUGUCGGUGUGGAACACAUCAGUGACUGUGAGCGUCUGGCCAAGCAGUGCCAGCUAUUGGAUCUGCUCAACGACCUGGAGGCCAAGUGCAAGGAAGUGUCUGAGUUUGUGGCGUCCAAGCCAGGCACUCAUGUGAAGGUGCUGAGCAUGAGGCCCCCCGCAGAGGACCCCCGGCUCCGGGAGGACCUGGCCUUAUUGGCUGACUGUGCCCUGCCCCCUGAGCUCCGAGGUGAUCUUGGGGAGUUGCCUUUCCCUUUCCCUGAUGGCUUCAACAGCUGUCCUGAUGUUUGCUUCCAAGUGGAGGGUUGCAGCUUCCUCUGCCACAAGGCCUUCUUCUGUGGCCGCAGCGACUACUUCCGGGCCCUGCUGGAUGACCACUUCCGAGAGAAUGAAGGGCUAGAGGCCUCUGGUGGCCUCCCAGCCAUCACCCUGCAUGGCCUCUCGCCCCACGUCUUCACCCAUGUGCUCUACUACAUAUACACCAACCACACUGAGGUGCCCCCGGAGGUGGCUUAUGAUGUGCUGAGCAUGGCCGACAUGUACCUGUUGCCGGGCCUGAAACGACUGUGUGGCCGCAGUCUGGCCCAGCUGCUGGAUGAGGACAGUGUGGUGGGCCUGUGGCGUGUGGCCAAGCUGUUCCGCCUGGCACGCCUCGAGGACCAGUGCACUGAGUACAUGGCCAAGGUUAUCGAGAAGCUGGUGGAGCAGGAGGACUUCUCGGAGGCCGUGAGGGAGGAGGCGGCGGCUGUGAGAGGCCGGCAGGAGCAGGACUCCAUCCCUCUGGUAGAUGACAUCCGCUUCCACAUCACCAGCGUGGUGCAGACCUACAGCAACAUUAAGGAGAUGGAGCGGCGGCUACAUGCACUUGAGGACCUGCUGGUGUCCAUUGGCCUGGACUGCUGACUGACACUGGGCCACGGGCUCCCUGUGGACUACGCAUGUGGUUUGGUCGACCAUGUGCUCCACUGUGUGCUCCUUGCACCCUCCAGGGCAUCGUGGUGUGUGGAAGAGACUCAUUGAGGCUCCCUACCCUGGUGUGCUUGGAGGCCCCAGGGAGGGUUCCCUAGGAUGAGCUUCCUCCCCCGUGCACAAACCAGCCCCCUCAGCCCUGGGCUGGGCACCACUCAGGGAAACCUGGGGUGGGAUCUCUUAGCCUCCUUCCCCAGGUCCCCCUCCCCUCCACUCUGGCUCUCCCUGGCUGCUUGCUUCCUAAAACCAAGCCACCUUCUCACAGGCACAGAGAUGGCCAGGAGGGAGCAGCAGAGUCUGUGUGGCAAUAAAGCUUGAAUUCACUGGGAACCUGAGCCCCGGGAAGAUGGUGAGAUGGGGUGUAGGGGCAGUUUCUGGAGUUGGGGACCCUCAUGGAGAGGUUUAGGUGCCCAGCAGGGGCUACUCAGGGAUUAUGGGUUGCCCUGGGUCUUUGGGUCUUGAGUAGGCAACCCCUGUUUGUGGGGGCCCUGAAAUCUACCAGCUGAGCUCCUCAUCACACCCCUGCCCCGGAGCAGGACUCCCCCCAGGGCACAGCUUUCCCCCUGGGCUCCUCUUGGUGAAGUCACACUGACCAACUGCCUGGCCUGGGGGCCCUGGAGGAUGUUGAGUGGGAUAGGGCUGACUGAGGACACAGGCUGCUUCCCCCUCAGGCCAAGUAAGGAUUGGCUUCUGAGCCAUAGCAUUUCUAGCACUCAUUCACUGAGCACUUACUCUGUAAGGAAGGCUGUUCAUGUGGCUGAAGUGUCUGAUCAUCCCUGCCCAUGAUCCCAGGCACCGGGACAGGCUGGGCCACAGGCAGGACCGAGGAGAGGCCUGGCAGCAGCUGGCUCUGCAAUCCCAGGAUGCAGGGCCGGGAGAAGUGGGUGCAGAGAAGUGAAAGGGGGAGGAAGCCCUCUGACUCUCCCACUCCCCACCCCACUGGCCACUGGCUGUGUUGGGCCUCGUUCCAAGAGGGGGACUGUACCUCCACUUCCCCUCAGCCCCAGGCCAGCCUCCUCCUGGACGUUAUUAGGGAGGCCAGAGGUGGCUUUCUCAGGAUGCCCUUCAGGCUUUCAGACCCCUACAUAGCCCCUAUCUGGUCCCUGAGGCCCAGGUGUUGUGUAGGUAGCUAGAUAUUAAAGGAAGAAAGCAAAGGGAGUCAGACAUUAUUGUUUCACCAGGAAGUUACAGCUUCACACACUCCCAGGGAACCACUGGUCCUUUCCUGCCAAUCACUGGGGCAAGGGACAGAACAAUGAAGGGGGAGGUACACAGUGUGGAGUAGGAGUAAAUUGGCUCAGGGAGGUGCUUCUAUGAGGCAUGCGCAUAGAAGCCAAAUGACCACAGAGGACUGUCAUUCAAGCCUGGGGGAAGAAUGGAUUGGUUGGGGUGGUCCCAUCAGAAGCUCCGGAAGCUUGGAAGUUGAUUGGUUACUUUGAAUACACGGGUCCUUCCCAAACCCAGGUAAUCUAAUCCCAGGAAACAAAGCCAGUCCCUCUCUCCCUCCCUCCCUCUCAAUGGCACACGCUCACCCUUUCCUUCACUUGUUCUCACUCCAUAGCCAUGUGGCCUUAGCAGUCCCAUGG